AUGUUGGUUGGUCAGAGUAACUGGCUCCAGCUGGAUCGCAGGGUUCUGGAUCAUGACUUCACUAAAAAGACUGGUCCAAUGGAGCUCAAAUUCCUGGUCAGGUUUUAUAUUGAGAAGAUAACAUUCUUGAAAGAGAAUACAACAGUAGAGCUGUUUUUCCUAAAUGCCAAAUCGUCAGUCUUUAAUGAGAUCAUCGAAGUGGAGAGUGAAAACGUUUUCAAAUUAGCUGCUUACGCCUUGCAGGAGGCCAAAGGAGACUACACAAAUGUUGAAAGCUCCAGAUCGGACCUGAAUACGCUACCAGUUCUACCCACCAGAGUUCUGAGAGAGCACCCCUCCCUGGCUUACUGUGAAGACCGAGUGAUCGAGUGCCACGAGAACCUGAAGGGCCUCAGCAGAGGGCAAGCCAUUGUGCAGUAUUUGGCCUUAGUUGAGUCCCUCCCUACAUAUGGAGUCCAUUAUUAUCCAGUAAAGGACAAACAGGGCCUACCGUGGUGGCUGGGAGUCAGCUAUAAAGGCAUCGGACAGUACGAUUUACAGGACAAGUUGAAACCUCGGAAGUUGUUUCAGUGGAAGCAGCUCGAUAAUUUGUAUUUCCGUGAGAAGAAAUUUGCAGUGGAGGUGAACGACCCUCACAGAAGGACAGUGUCCAGGCGUACAUUCGGGCAGACCGGAUCGGUCAUCCACUCGUGGUAUGCCAGCCACUCUCUGAUUAAGACCAUCUGGGUCAUGGCCAUCAGUCAGCACCAGUUCUAUUUGGACAGGAAGCAGAGCAAAUCCAAAGUUGCCACAGCCAGAAGUUUGAAUGACAUCACCAUGGACCUGACCGAGAUCAGAGCGCCCAGGAUCAGUAAGCUGUCCAGCUUAGAGAGUAAAGACCAGCUCAUCAUGGCCAGCAACGGAUCCCUCAUCUCAGCAGGAUCAGCAGACUCUGAGGUGAGCGAGGAACAGAAGAAGGAAAAGAUUGCUGACCUGAAGAAGAAACGGAAGGAUCUGCAGGAUACUCUAACUCAGAAACUGGAGGAGCUCAAGAAGAUAUGCCUGCGUGAAGCUGAGCUGACAGGCAGUCUGCCUAAAGAGUACCCUCUAGCCUCGGGUGAGAAGCCCCCCGUGGUCCGUCGGCGCAUGGGGACAGCCUUCAAACUGGACGACCUCUUCCCCUAUGACGCGGAUCCCCACCUGAGGAACCUGGAGAGCAGGUUUGCCCUGCAGCAGAAGAUCAUGGAGGCGGCGAAGAAACUGGCCAACGAGGCUGAGCUCUGUAAGACAGUGAAGAAGAAGAGGAGGAGGAACUGCCUGGACGCCAUGAGGAAGCUGCAUGAGAUUGAGGAGGAGAUUAACGAAUACAGGGUCAAGACGGGCAAGAAGCCCACCCAGAGAGCAUCAAUAAUCAUAGCAGAUGAUGUGAACCCCGCCGAACUCAGCUCCCUGUCCGACAGCCUUACUCUGGACGAUGAUGAGGAUCUGGGAGACCAGAGGCAACGGUCCCGCUCGGUGCAGUAUUCUCCCCGGCCCCACCACUCAGACACCCUCAGUCUCCACUACCAGUCUGAUCGACGGGCCUCAGCUCACAACCAGCUCCAGGACCUCGGCACCAACAGCAGAUUAAAUGAUGGCGAAGUCCGGGAACCGUUCCACUACAGUCACGCGGACGCCUUAUCGAGCCACAUCAGCCCUUACAAGCCUGCCUCCAGACAGCCGCGUGACGCACGCAGCAUGCCUCCUACUCCACUCCUCACCCGCAACGCCUACAGCAGUACCCAGAUCAGGUCGGAGGACGGCCCUCAGCAUUUCCGUCAGCGGAGUGGCAGUCUGGAGUCCCAGUCUCAGUUCCUGGUUGAGACUGCGCCCCCGGCACCCGCGUCCGUCUUGGCUCGCCGCAGCAACAGCACGGAGUUCCUGGACGAUGGCUCAUCCUACACCAGCCAGUCCAGCGUGGAGUACACGGUGCCCGGGAACCAUACCCACCGCCCCAGGGACCGACGGCGGGGCAGGAAGGGCAACGUCUAUGCCAACUCGGGCAGCAUGCCCAACCUGGCACAGACUGACGCCCGCUACAACACAUACCAGCCCCCCCGGGCACCGCGACCCACCACCACGGCCUACUACGUGACGGGCUAUCCAGAGCCAGAGCCCUACUCUAACGGCGUCUACAUGUACCACAACGAGUUGGAGGGUCACUACAACGUCCACCCCUCCUACAACGCAGCGCCGGCCUACCACGGACAUGAUGCGUACAGCAGUCGCUAUGGUGAUGACGAGACGGACAGUAUGGCCCAGAACCCCUACGCCACGCUGAGGCCGCCCAGGAACCGCCACGCUCCGCCCAGAAUGGAACACGUGACCAGGAACAUCCAGAAGGCGCUGGUGGAGGAGCACCUGAGAGGCUGGUAUCACCGCAACGCAAGCCACAAGCAGCCACAGGCCUAUGACUACAAUCAGAGGGGUUCCCAUCAGAGCCUGGGCUACCAGACCAUGCCAGCUCCCUACUGCAGGACCAUGUCCUACUCCUCAGUCUCGUCUCAUCAGUCCUCUACAGCAGGAGGCCGGCCCGGUCACCUGGGUGGCGGUAUGGUAGAGUACGACGUGCCCCUGCCCGUGCAGCAGCAUUACCCCUCCUAUGGCACAGCACAUUACGGCACAGCUCACCACCCCGCUUACAGCAGAUCCUAUGUAGAUGUGAACCAAACCGAUCCAUUCAUCGGCAGCCAAACCGAUCCAUUCAUCGGCAGCCAAACCGAUCCAUUCAUCGGCAGCCAAACCGAUCCAUUCAUCGGCAGCCAAACCGAUCCAUUCAUCGGCAGCCAAACCGAUCCAUUCAUCGGCAGCCAAACCGAUCCAUUCAUCGGCAGCCAAACCGAUCCAUUCAUCGGCAGCCAAACCGAUCCGUAUAUCGGCAGCCAAACCGAUCCGUAUAUCGGCAGCCAAACAAACUGCAGCUUGGAUCCAGACGACCCGCGACUUUACUGGCACGAGGGCUCCUCCAAACCUGGAACUAUAGUCUAGCGGUAAGACCCAUCAUGAACUGUCUCAACUUCCACUUUGUGACACUUUCAUGUGCCUUGGACUGCACUUAGCUGUUUUUCUGGAUGGAAGAAGGGACCCAAAGAAUCAAAUAACAACACUAUGGAAUUCACACAGGGAAUGACCUAAAGUAGAUGUACAGCUGAUUUGAGUUCUCCUACACGGAAUUGCUAAAGUGGGUCUACCUGCAUACAGUCAUAGUCUCUGAAAGCAGAAUUACAACACGGUCACCUGAUCUGAAUGUUCUGGAUUGCUAGAUUUUGUGUGUUGGCACUUGUUGCGCACUGAGUUGCACUUGGUGUUGUGGCUGGUUGGAUUAGUCUGAGGGGCUGGGAUGACAGUAGGAGGAUGGAGGACAAUGAACAUGACUUGUCCUGCGUGACCAAUAUAUGGGGAAGCUGUAUGCUCACCAUUACAAUGAAGGAUCUUUCAAACAAUGACAUGUUGAAAUUAAGGAUGGAAAUUGGAUUUUGAGUGUAAGGAUGCCUACCAAUGGUGACCUGCUGAAACAUUCUCCAGUCUCUACCAGUUUCCAGAGCCCAUUCUAUGGUAGCAUUGUUUGUAGCUAUGUACAGCCCUUUGCUAUUCUUUGUUGGUCAGUCUUUUUGCACCAGCCAUUUACAAGUAUUUGGACCUCUCUCAUUCUCAGCAAUUUUAUCAUCUUUACUUCCAAACGCUUCAGUCUAACCAUUAAAGACUCAACCGUGUCGGCUUUUAUACCUUCAAAGACCAUGUUAACACUUUAUCAAUGACUGUGAUGUUAAUCCUAAGUCUAUUACAGGGCUUAAUUUUGUCUAUACAAGAUUAUUUUUUUUUAUGCUUACUGCAUCCCAUGCUGGAAUGGACUGGUGCUCUCCAUUCCUCUCAAGAAGGAAUUUGUAUGUACCUGUUGAUAAUGUAAAUAGAUUGUAUGGUUCUGUCUGUUUUUAGAGCAUUUUUUUUUGUAUUUUAAGAAGCAUGUAAUAUAUAGUAAACAAUCAAAUAUUAAGCUGGUUCUUAGUUAUUUGUAUAAUUGAAAUGCAUUUGAAUUAAAACAUACAUUUUGAACUAUA